UAAAGCAAUGACAAAGAAGAAGGAUAUGCAAAGAAAACGAGUACUAAAAUCAGAUGCCCAAGAUCUGGAAAUUGGAAUAACCCGAUCCUACUACCAUUGAACCAAUUUAUCCGAUCUACCAUCUCUGUACCGCUCAUCUCUCAUCCAGACGGUCGUACGCUAUACUGCUCUCUCCGUUCGUCUAGUAUCCCGAGAUAUCGUUUACUAGUUUGGUGAAAGAAUUCAGGCAUGGAGGAGGUAAAAACUGAAGCUGUUUCAGGUGGCAUUGAAAAUCCCAAGACACCUUCUAAGCAGGAAGAGGAUGUUGUUAUUAAGAGCAAGUAUGGACCACUCAUGUCUAAGAAGCCCCCAUUGAUUUCGAAGGACCAUGAACGUGCUUAUUUUGAUUCUGCUGAUUGGGCUCUUGGAAAGCAAGGUGCAGCGAAGCCUAAGGGUCCAUUGGAAGCACUUCGACCAAAGUUGCAGCCAACACAACAGCAAACACGAUAUCGCAAAUCGCCUUGUGCCCCGACAGAAGGUGAAGAUGGAAGCAAUGUGCCAUCAUCAGAAGAUGCAACUCCAAACGAAGGUGAAGAUGGAAGCAGUGUGCCAUUACCAGAAGAUGCAACUCCAAAUGAAUGUAAAGAUGGAAGCAAUGUGCCAUCAUCAGAAGAUGCAACUCCAAACAAAUGAGAAUCAAAGACUACUGUUAAAAGUACACCAGAGUUGCAAAUAUAUUCUUCUGUUUUUUGAAAUAAGAAUAAUAUUGAGACUGAAAAGUUGUUCUCUGGUUGAAGGGAAGUACACUCUUCUAAUGCUGACUGGCUCUACUUUUGAUGUUGAACUGAGAUUUCACUGUCUUUCACUGAUAUAGCAAAGAAAUUAUGCUGAAUUUUAUGUAACCAACAGACUUUGAAUUGAGAGA